CUGCCAGCUGGUACUGCACAUAUCCGCAGUAUCUUCUCCAAUGCCAUGCACGCUUGAGCGCUUUAUCGAAUCUUUAUCUUCUUCUCCAUCUUCUUCUUCUCCAUCGGGAUUAAAGACUGAGAUAUCAUGUGUACACGAAGCAAAGAUUGAGAGAUGUUUAUUGAAAAAACCGGCGUAUAUUAUGCUUGACGUGGGAAAGUGGCCGGUGUUUGCACUUCUUCCUCCUGAGGAACUACGGCUCAUCCGCCAAGCCUGCGUGUUCGGCAGCGCUGCCAAUGAGGCCAUCUAUGUUACAGUCAAUGAUGAGGCGUUUGCACUGGGGACAAACUGCAGUGGCUGUCUGGGACUCGGGGACACACAGAGCACCAUCGAGUCCAGGCGGAUCGACAUCCUGUGCGGCAAAAAAAUUGUGUCUUUGAGCUACGGCACAGGACCACACUUAGUCCUGGCCACAGCAGAUGGAGAAGUUUAUGCCUGGGGUCACAAUGGCUACAGUCAGCUGGGAAACGGCACCACCAAUCACGGCCUGACCCCUGCCCUGGCCUCCACCAAUCUCAUCAACAAGAGGGUGACGGAGGUGGCCUGCGGCUCUCACCAUACUAUAGCUCUCACCACAGAUGGAGAGGUGUACGCCUGGGGCUACAAUAACUCCGGACAGGUGGGCUCGGGUUCAACGGCCAACCAGCCCACCCCGCGCAGGGUCAGCAGCUGCCUGCAGAAUAAGGUGGUGGUCAACAUCGCCUGUGGACAGCUCUGCUCCAUGGCUGUACUUGACAAUGGAGAGACUUACGGCUGGGGUUAUAACUGCAAUGGACAGCUCGGUCUGGGCAACAACGCAAACCAGCAAACGCCCUGCAGAAUUGCUGCUUUACAAGGAAUAAACAUUGUACAGGUGGUGUGUGGUUACGCGCACACGCUGGCACUUACAGAUGAAGGAUUUGUUUACUCCUGGGGUGCCAACUCGUAUGGACAGUUGGGCACAGGAAACAAGAGCAACCAGGCCUUGCCCACUCUCAUCAACAUGGACAAAGAGAGGAUGGUGGAGGUUGCCGCGUGUCACACCAGCCACACAUCAGCAGCAAAGACACAGAGCGGUCAGGUACUGAUGUGGGGUCAGUGUCGGGGUCAGGCCGUGGCUUAUCCUCACCUCACGCAUUUCACCGGCACAGAUGACGUCUUUGCCUGCUUCGCGACACCUGCCGUCACCUGGCAUCUCCUGUCUGUGGAUGGAGAUGACUAUCUGACCGUCGCCCAGUCACUAAAGCGAGAGUUCGACAGCCCAGAAAUCUCUGAUCUCAAGUUCCUGGUUGACGGGAAGUGCAUCCAUGUGCACAAAGCCCUUCUUAAAAUCAGGUGUGAGCAUUUUCGAGCGUUGCUGAACGAGACCGACGAAGAGACCAUAGAAGUUCAUCAGUUCUCCUAUCUGGUGUACCGCGCCUUCCUGGAGUACCUGUAUACAGAUACCAUCAACCUCCCCCCUGAAGAUGCUAUAGGUCUGUUGGAUUUGGCCACAUACUACCGCGAGAGCCGUCUAAAAAGACUGUGUCAGGAGACCAUAAAGAGAGGCAUUACAGAAGAGAAUGCUGUAACACUACUGUCAGCGGCUGUCAAGUAUGAGGCACGGUCCACCAACUCUUCAUGUGCAGGAACUGGAGGAGUUCUGCUUCAAGUUCUGCGUUAACCACCUGACGGCUGUCACGCAAACGCAGGCCUUCGCCGACAUGGACCACGACCUGCUAAAGAACUUCAUCAGCAAAGCCAGCCGAUACGGGGCCUUCAAAAACUGAGAGGCUGCAGAGGAAAUCUGCAAUGGCUUUGCAAUUCCAGGCAUGUUACUUCAGAUACCUCAGUUUUGGAGAAGAUAAGCCAAAUUUCUGCAUUUGAGCGUAAAGAUUUUGGCAAGGCUACUGAACUUGGGGUAUUUUUAGACCCGGUGAAUGUAAACUGCAAAACAGAUGCAUACUGGAAAUCCACUCUGGAUUUAAAGGGACCUGAAGAGCAUCUAAUGAAAGACAUGUACAUUAUAAGUAUGUGAUUUAUUUGAUUAUCUUUGCUACUGGGUUGUGUUCUUGACACUUUUGCAGGGUGUUAAAAGGGGAACAAACAUUUCAUUAUUUAUCUGAAUACAUUUCUUUUUAGCUCUGGCACUAAAAGGACAUCUAAAGGAAUAGUUCACCCACAAAUGAAUGUUUCAGCCACUUGUAUCAUAGAUGCCAAGUCAUUUAUUUUUCGUCGUUGAGAAAACAAAAAAAAGUAGUCAUUUAUUCAUGAUCAUUUUCACCAAUGAGAUUUUGUGAGUUUAAUUAAACUAUACACUAUAACUAUUCACUAUAAAUUGUAUGAAAAAAGCUGCGUACAAUUUAUUUUGAAUUUAAUGAGGGUCCAUUUUUUUAUUUUGGUGUGAAUAUUUCCUUUACUACAAUGUCUUAUUAGAGAAGUAUAUCAUGCAUUUUAAUUACUUUGACAUUAUCCACAACACAAUGAAAAUAUCAGAUUUUGUAUCUUUUACUGUAAUGUUACAUUUGAUACAUCAGAUUUUUUGUCUAGCAGUAUUAUUAUUUUGAACAUGUACAAGGUCAAUAUUUGCGCUUCUGUCUGGUCAUAUUUGUACAAGCUCUAAAUGACCGUCCACAGUGCCAUUGUUCCUGUGCAGUUGGCAAAUGAUGUCAUCUGGUGUUGACACAAAACUAACCAUGUGCCCAUAUUCUGCUGUUCAUUAACAUUUUAUUAACACACGAUGAAGGGUCUAUGUCAUGAGAGGCCUGUAAAGAACAUGUCCGGGUCAAAUUUUAUCUUGGCUUGACAAGAUAAAUGACACCAGUGUUUUACAGUAAUAAUAAAUAAUGACUUAUUGAUGAUUCAUUUAAUGUGACAUUAAGAAACAUCCGGAUAGAUUAGUACACUAUUGGAUUUAAGGGUGAAAUUGUCCCGGACAUGUUUUAAUGAGAUUACUGGAACUAAAAGCUUUCUUUUGUUUUUUAUCCAACCACUGUAAUCUUGUAAAAGCAUUUUAAAGCACAUUUUUAAUAAAGGGUUUACAGUCAAUUAAAUAAUGUUUAGCGAGGACAACACGGUUGUUUUACAAUGAGAAAACGGUAUUACUUGAAUGACUUAAAGGCAAAUAUCAGAAUUUGUUUUUGAUGGUAAGUCUAUUCACAUUUGUUUACACAGUCAGGGGUCUUCUGUUCAGUUUACUCGCAUAAAUAAGGUCAUCACUGUUAAUCCUGUCUCAUUGCCAAGGUUCUGCUGAAUAUUGUCCAGGUGUUGUGUUUUGUGUGUGAAUUUUAAGUUUUAUUAAACACUUAAAACAGGCUUUCAGAAAAGUCAAGAUAACAAACUGCUUUUGUUCCCGUAUAUGCAAAAUGUCAUAUAGAACUUGAAUCAUGUAAAUAAAUGUCCUAGACAUGUUUAAAAAGGUGUGCAUACCUUACUAUACAUGUGUCACUUUUCACUCGGUAUGGUGAAAACUCACUUAGAAACGACUAAAACCGAGAGCAUGACAAGACCAAGACAAGACCAAGACUUUGAGGGGCCGAGACCAAGACAAAACCAAGGCAGGCCGAGACCGAGUC